AGCUGACUCUAAAACCAGUUGACUCUAGAACCAGUUGACUCUAGAACCAGUUGACUCUGAAACCAUGGCCCAGGACAUGACUCUGCUGUGGGGCUCCGGCUCUCCUCCCUGCUGGAGGGUCAUGAUCGCUCUGGAGGAGAAGAACCUGCAGGGUUAUCACCAAAAACUGCUCUCCUUUGAGAAAGAUGAGCACAAGUCCCAAGAAGUGUUGGAUAUAAAUGCCAGGGGACAGCUUCCCUCUUUCAAACAUGGAGGCAUCAUCGUGAACGAGUCCUAUGCUGCCUGUUUUUACCUGGAGAGCCAGUUUGAGUCUCAGGGAAACAAACUGAUCCCAGACAGCCAAGCAGAGCGAGCCCUGAUGUACCAACGCAUGUUUGAGGGUCUCACAUUCUACGAAAAACUCAAUGGAGUGACCCACUAUGACUUGUUCGUCCCUGAAGGAGAGAGGCAUGACUCAGCCCUCAAGAGAAACAAGGAGGUUCUGGCCAUUGAGCUCCAGCUCUGGGAGGGUUACCUGCAGAAGCUGGACUCCAACUCCUACCUGGCAGGAGCGUCCUUCUCUCUGGCAGAUGUGACUGUUUUUCCAACUGUUGCUACUCUGUUCAGAUAUGGGUUGUCUGCCGAGCGUUUCCCUAAGCUGGGGGAGUAUUACGCUCUGCUGAAGGAGCGACCCAGCAUCAAAGCCAGCUGGCCUCCUCACUGGCUGGAGGAGCCCACGGAGGAGGACACACUCAAAGACUUCUGAGAUCCACACACACACUCCACAGCCACAUCUGCCUGCAGUGUUUUGUUUUUUUGCAGAUAAAAGCUACUGCUUUUCUUUAACCCUUUAUCAGGCGAAGAACUAUAUUUGGUAACUUGGAUAUCAAAAUGGGGUCGAGAAAAAAGUUGCAAAUUUACUAGAUUAAAGUAGCAAGUCUAUAAGAAAAAAGUGGUGAAUCUGCACGACAAAAGUCGCAGAUUUAAGAGAUUUAAAGUGGUGAAUCUGCACGAAAAAAGUUGCAGAUUUAAGAGAUUUAAAGUGGCAAAUCUGCACGACAAAAGUCGCAGAUUUAAGAGAUUUAAAGUGGUGAAUCUGCACGAAAAAAGUUGCAGAUUUAAGAGAUUUAAAGUGGCAAAUUUGUGCGAAAAAAGUGGCAGAUUUAAGAGAUUAAAGUGGUGAAUCUGCACGAAAAAAGUCGCAGAUUUAAAGUGGCGAAUCUGCACGACAAAAGUCGCAGAUUUAAGAGAUUUAAAGUGGCAAAUCUGCAUGAAAAAAGUAGCAGAUUUAAGAGAUUUAAAGUGGCGAAUCUGCACGAAAAAGUAACAGAUUUAAGAGAUUUAAAGUGGUGAAUCUGCGCAAAAAAGUCGCAGAUUUAAGAGAUUUAAAGUGGUGA